AUGUCGGUGAUGUCACCAUAUGAAAGCGCAGUAACCCAACAGGUGAGAUGUAUACUUGCAGGGGGCCGGGUUACGAUGUUCACACUGGACCUUGCCAAUAGUGAGACAAGGCGCAUGUCGUACCGAAACCCUGCCAUGGCUGAUAUGUACUGUGUUGACAUUCAGGGCCCUCAUUUGAGACCAAGUCGGGAGCGGGCGAUGCCGGUCGAUCCCCGGGCUACGGGUCAGGUUAUUGUACUGAAUCGAGCGAUGGUUUUCAUGUUGUCUCCGACUUUCAGUCAUGCCGAUGGCCAUCGGGUCUCACUCGCAGAUAUGCGUGGCUUCAAAAGCAUCGAGUAUGCUACAAAGGAGUUGUAA